AUGUUCAGAAAUAGUGUGGGGUUCCCAUUGAUAAAUGAGAUCGUGCAAAGUGAAUUACGUGCUGGUUAUUUCAGUCAAUCACUCCAAUCUCGAGCCUGCUCGGCAACAUCGAACGGCCUCGACUCGAAUCAAAUCCACUUCCUUUUCAACAAACGUGGAAGUCGAAGCAGUAUCACAACGUCAAGCAGCCAUGAAAACAUGGAGCUAAUAGCUUUGAUCCCUCUGGUAGAUAUUACUCAUAAUUGUGCCACAUGCAAGAUCAAGCAUGGUGGCGAGGUAGUUCUAAACGACACUGUCUUCGUCGGUUCACAGGAUUCGGUGGCUAAUAUGAACCUCCUGUGUCGUCUGAAUAUAGAAUUCGUUUGCGAUCUCUGUAACGAGGACGGCGAGGAAGUCAACAGGAGGCGAUACGACUGUCCAUGCCUCUGUCCUCGACGAUCACAACACUUCCGCUAUUUUGUAGCUAUGGAUGUGCCAGAAACGGAGAAAAAAUGCAUUGACUCGAAGAUCAACAUGACAGUGCUAUUCGAUCAGUUUUGUGACCUUGUGGAGCGAGGACGGAAAGCUGGAAAAUCAGUGCUUGUCUGCAGUGCGAAGGGUAGAAACAGAGCUCCAGCGUUCUGUGCAGCUUACCUGAUAAGCAAGGAGAGAAUGACCCGACAGCAGGCUGUUGCGAAGGUUCUCGAGCAGCAUAUAAUGUUUCAGAUGAGCUCCAUGCGUCCUGCUCCGAACAUCUCGGACUUUAUGCAGAGAGCACUGAUGAGAUAUCAGUCUUCGAAAGGGAUCCAAGGCGCCCACAGCAUCGCGCACACAAUCCCUCUGUUUAGCAUCAAAAGGACCGCUUGGACGUGA